UAUUGACUUUUAUAUGAAAGCAUCAUAAAGAACAAUAAAUUUUUAGGGAAAAAUUAUUGAAAUGAUAGUUACAAACAGUUACAUUGAUAUGUUUGUGAUGUUUUAAUAUCUGUUCUAGUUGGGUCCUUGUCCUAUCUUUUUUAUGAAAAUGAUGGGCCACAGUGAUGGUCAAUACCUCAACAAUAAACCUUCUGUAAUUUUGGGAGUAAAGAAAUUAGCAUUAAUAAUAGAUUAUCUGUCAGAUAAAUCCAUUUGAUUAUAAAGAAAUUAGCAUUAAUAAUCGUGUAGAUAAGAAAAAGGUGGGAGGGAAGCAUGCCAUAAACAUUGCUGAAUUAUUGGUUUCUGCAAAUCAAUUACUUAAUUAUAAUAAGAUGAGUUUGAGAUUCCUCAUGUCUCCCUCGGCCAAGAUAUAUAAAUAGGACCCGGAAGGCCAAAAGAUGAAGUCAAAUUGAAACUGCUCUGGCUAUUUUGCAAUCCAUUAACUUAGGCUUUUUGCAAAAUAAAAUGGAUUCCUUUGCUACAAACUCAAAGAAGUCAUUCCAUAUCCGCUCAAACAGCUUGCCUUCAAAGCCACAUCCAGUUGUUGCUGAAGUCAAUGAACAGCUUUGCAGAUUGCAGGCCUCUGAAGCCACUUCUUCAUCUUCUACUUUGUGCCAAAAACUUGAUGGCCUUAAAGAUUUGCAUGAUUGCAUUGAUAAGUUGCUUCUUUUGCCCCUCACCCAUCAAGCUCUUGUUGACAAAAAAUCGGUUGAUGACUUGCUAGAAGGAUCUCUCAAGCUCUUGGACGUGUGUGCUUCGGCUAAGGAUGUGUUAUCCCAAAUGAAGGAAUGUGCUCACGAACUUGAGUUGGCUUUGCGCAGAAGAAGAGGAGAUAUUGUAGUUGAUGUUCAAAAGUAUUUAACCUCAAGGAAGAUGUUGAAAAAGGUAAUCCACAAGGCCUUGAAGGGAAGGGAAAAAACAAGUUCCCAAAAGAGUGAUGAAAGUUCAGAAAUUGUUAGCUUGUUAAAGGAGGCAGAAACUGUCACAUAUAACAGCAUCGAAUGCUUGUUGUUAUUUGUAGCAGGGCCAAAGAUGCCAUCAAAGAUGAGCAAAUGGUCAUUGGUUUCCAAGUUGAUGCAACCUAAGAGAGUAGCCUGCAAAGAUGAUGGCACAGAUGGAAAUGAAGUGGAGAUGGUGGAUGUUGCAUUAAGUUCAAUCACCAAUCACAAAUUUGAUUUCCUUGUGCAAGGUGAAGAUGUCCAGAACUCGCUGAGCAAAUUGAAGUUGUGUAUUCAUGACAUCGAAGAAGGUCUUGAGAGUCUAUAUCGCCAUCUUAUAAAAAACAGAGUCUCACUUCUUAACAUCCUAAAUCACUAAGGAUGAAAUUUCAAAAAGUAGUAUCAUAGCCGAUUCCAAUGGAAUCCAUUUUUGUCAAAUGUAAACACCACAGUACAUAUAUAUACAAAUACAUUUCAUAACAUCUUUGCAAAGCAAACCAUCUUCUUCUCCAGCUAACUUUUUGCAAUAUUAUUAUUGUUGAUAUAGUUAAAAAUGCAAACAUAGUCCUAUAUGAAAUAGAAGUGAGAAAGAUCCUUAUUAUAUAAGUUUGGAUAAUAAAUAUAAUACUACGAGGUUUUUCAAGUUGAAUCCAAAAAGUAAAAUCAUGGCUACAUAGUCCAAAGUGAAGACUAUAAUCAUGGUGAUGUGACAAAAAAAAAUCUAUCCACCACCCAGCACAUCAUUAUUUUUGUCUAUUAACUAUGUACACUUUCUUUGUUUUAACCAUUAAGGAUUGCGAACUAUUGGAUAAAAAAGAAAUUGUGUUUCACUUCUAAAGUGAUUUUCCCACUAAAGCUUAAACUAUGGUAUGUUAACUAGAGGUCCAUUAGUUAACCAAGGUUACAUAAUGAAGCUAAGUAUUGAAAUUGGCAAUGCUGUCAAGGAUUCCAAUUGCCUCCG